CCCGGAGGUGGCCGGGCGGACGGCCGAGCGUGCAGGCUCCCCAGGCUCCCGGUGCUCAGCCGGGCCGCGCUCGUGGGCCCCCGCUCGGCCCUGCCGGCAUGAUGGACACGGACGCCGCGCGCUCCGCCGUGCGCGAGGCCCUGCGCGCCCUGGCCUUGCCCGAGGACGGCGACCGCCUGCUGUCCGCCCUGGGGCCCCUGCAGCGCCUGCUCGGGGAUGCGGGCGGCGCGGCGCUCGGGCGGGAGGAGCUGGCCACGGCGCCCUUCGCCGCCCUGCUCCGGGGGCUGGCGCGCAGGCUGGGCGCGGGCGGGCCGGACGGGCGCCUGGAGCAGCUGUGCCGCGGCCUCUUCCUGCGGGGCCCGGCCGACCAAGCCUUCCUGGUGCUCAUGGAGGCCAUAGAGGACGCUGCGGGCCCCAGCGCCCGGCUGGUGAGGAUGGCGCAGCUGCUGGCCACGUUCCUGAGCCAGGGCAGGAUGGCGGCUCUGAUGGAGGAGCAGUGCCGGCAGCAGGCGCUGCCUGGGACCCCUCUGCUGCAGGAGACGCUGCUGGUCAGGGUGGUGGGCCUGCCCGACCACCUGGCCAACCGCCUGCAGCGGGACACCCCGGCCGAGUUCCUGCCCCAGAACUACUUCCCCUUGCUGGGCGAGGAGCUAGUGCGGGCCCUGCAGUCGGUCGUGGAGUGUCUGCGAGGCGGCUUGGACUGCUCCGUGGCCUUUGCGUCUCGAGUCCUUGGGAAAGUCUGUGUCCAGGGGAGGCAGAAGGAGAUCCUGGGUGUGCUGGUGCCUCGGCUGACUGCGCUCACCCAGGGCAGCUGCCUCUGGCAGCGGGUCUGCUGGCACCUGCUGGAACAAGUGCCUGACCGGGCUGUGGAGGCGACGCUGAUGGGGCUGGUGGAGGCCGUCACGGGGCCGGAGGUUCUGUCGCGACUCCUGGGGAACCUGGUGGUGAAGCACAGAAAAGCGCAGUUCGUGCUGACCCAGAAGCUGCUGUUGCUGCAGUACCGGCACUCGACACCUGUGCUGCAGAGCCUGCUGGGGUACCUGGCCAUGGACAGCCAGCGGCGCCCGCUCCUCAUACAGGCCCUGAAGGAGCUGCUGGAGACGUGGGGCAGCAGCAGUGCUGUCCGGCACGCGCCCCUGGCACAGCAGCGCUACAUCAGCAGGGCCAUCCUCAUCUGUCUGGCACACGUGCGGGAGCCAGAACUGCAGGGCAGCCGCGACGAGCUGCUGGCUAGUAUGAUGGCAGGUGUGAAGUGCCACCUGGACAGCAGCCUGCCCCCCGUGCGACACCUGGGCAUGAUUGUGGCCGAGGUGGUCAGCUCCCGGAUCCACCCUGAGGGGCCUCCCUUGAAGUUCCAAUACGAACAGGAUGAACUAAGCCGCGAGUUGCUUGCCUUGGCCACCCCUGUGCCUGUGGGCAGUCAGUCUCCAGAGCCAAGCCCGUCCGUUGCUCUUGUGGCUGAAGACCCCCCCGCAGAGACAGAGCACAGCACCACAGAGACCCCUGCAGAGCCCAGCACCACAGAGACCCCUGGCAGCCGCAUCCCUGGGGCAGGGCUGGAGGGAUCUGACUCAGAGCUGGACAGUGACGAUGAACUGGUUCCCUAUGACAUGUCUGGGGACGGGGAGCUGUGCGGUGGCAAGGCGCCAGUGUACAUCCGAGACUGCAUGGAAGUGCUAAGUGGGUCCGAGGAUGCCGAGCGCUGGGAGGCCGCCCUGCGGGCCCUGGAGGGCGUGGUGUGCAGGAAUCCCGAGGCCACUAGGGAGGUGAGCACAGAGCUGGCCAAGGUACUGCUGCACCUGGAGGAGAGAACGUGUGUGGCAGGGUUUGAGGGGCUGCGUCGGAGAGGCCUCGUAGCGGUCACGGUCGCAGAUCCCGUGCGGGUGGCCAAGUACCUGAGCUCGCAGUUCUAUGCUCUGAACUACAGCCUCCGGCAGCGCAUGGACAUGCUGGACGUCCUGACUCUGGCGGCCCAGGAGCUGUCUCGGCCAGGGCGCCGCGGGAGGACCCCUCAGCAUGGUGCCCCAUCACUAGCUGCUCCUCAGGCUGAAAGCCCCGUGGCUCCUGGGUGGCGGCUACUGGUGGACGAGCGGAUCAGAAGCAAGACCCGGCGGUUCUCUAAGGGCUGCCCUCAGCGGGCACCGGCGGGUGGCCCCAACGAACUCAACUCUGUGGUCGGCCACUUCUUCUUCCCCCUCAUUCAGCACUUUGAUAGGCCUGUGGUGACCUUUGACCUUUUGGGCGAUGACCAACUGGUUCUUGGAAAGCUGACCCACACCCUGGGGGCCCUGAUGUACCUGGCUGUGAACACCACAGUGGCCGUGCCCAUGGGCAAGGCCCUUCUGGAGUUUGUGUGGGCCCUGCGCUUCCAUGUCGAUCCCUUUGUGCGCCAGGGCCUACUGUCUGCCGUCUGCUCUGUCCUCCUUGGCGUGCCUGCCCAGCGACUACUGGAGGACCUGCCUGAUGAGCUGCUGGAGGCAAGGUCUUGGCUGGCCGAUGUGGCUGAGAAGGAUGUGGACGAAGACUGCCGGCUGCUGGCCCUGAAGGCCCUGCUGCUGCUGGAGCGGCUCAAGGACAAGCUCCUGCCCCUGCCCUCCCCCGUGGGCCCCUGAGCUGGACGAAGGUGUCUACUGGGGGAGGGGGCACCGGAGGAGGGGCCUGAGAUCCUGGCAACACCGGUCAGGUCUCUGAUGGCCCAGCUUGUGUGUUCAGUCAGAGUGCCCAGGUGUUGGGGCUGCAGA